UACGGUAUGUUAUGUACUGUAGGCUACGGUAUGUUAUGUACUGUAGGCUACGGUAUGUUAUGUACUGUAGGCUACGGUAUGUUAUGUACUGUAGACUACGGUAUGUUAUGUACUGUAGGCUACGGUAUGUUAUGUACUGUAGACUACGGUAUGUUAUGUACUGUAGGCUACGGUAUGUUAUGUACUGUAGGCUACGGUAUGUUAUGUACUGUAGGCUACGGUAUGUUAUGUACUGUAGGCUACGGUAUGUUAUGUACUGUAGACUACGGUAUGUUAUGUAGGCUACGGUAUGUUAUGUAGACUACGGUAUGUUAUGUACUGUAGGCUACGGUAUGUUAUGUACUGUAGGCUACGGUAUGUACUGUAGGCUACGGUAUGUUAUGUACUGUAGGCUACGGUAUGUUAUGUACUGUAGGCUACGGUAUGUUAUGUAGGCUACGGUAUGUUAUGUACUGUAGGCUACGGUAUGUUAUGUACUGUAGGCUACGGUAUGUUAUGUACUGUAGGCUACGGUAUGUUAUGUACUGUAGGCUACGGUAUGAAGAAUGUUAUGGAAAUGUCCUGUAUUACCAAAUCAUGAGAGAGUAAAUCACACACAAGUCAAGAGUUCUUAUAAUGUCCAUCUUUAAUUAUAUGAGCUUCACCAUAGCCCUGUGACUCUCAGAUCAAUUCAGUGUCUAUAAAUUAAUUAUAUGAGAGUGCUUACAAAACAGUUCUUAGUAUCAUUUAUAGCCAAAACACACCCAUCUCAACUCACAUGACGAAACACAGAUCUUAGGAACAUUACACAAAGAACCUUUUACUUUUAAAGAGGAGUAUCCCAUAGCUAGAUAGCCUUAGCUAUAAAUGAUUGUUCAGUUUGGUCUCCUAAACGGAAGUUCUUAUCUCGUUCUUGGUACCACUUAGGACCAAAACAUUACCUUAUCCAAUGGCAUAUAUCAUAUAUUGUCAAUUCUAGAUACCCCCAUCUCAAAUACAAUCCCUCCUGGACAAGAUCAAAUGAGACAAGAUCAAAUGAGAGGAGUGACUGGCACACAGACAUCGUGGAGCCAACUAACUGGUUCCCCUUUAAUCACGCCCUCCCUUCACAUGGUUUAGGAAUAGUUACAGACACAUUCACAGAUAAGACUGACCUGACCUCUUCCCUCUCUGGGCCCCAAGUAACUGAGCUCUAGCAGAGAAGGGAUAACUGCAAACUGCCAACAGUAUUAUUCAAAAAGAAAACAUCCUAAUGACAAAUAUCUGACAAACAUUAUUAUGUAAAUAAAACAUCCCUAUUUAUCAAUGUUACCCAACUAAUUCUGAUUCAGCUGAGCUGAACAUCAUUCCAUGAAACCUGACGUUAUUUAUAGGUAUAGAUAGAUAAAGCAGAUUAACAGGAAGUAUGUAUGUACUGUAAUGGUAGACCAUUCCAUUCUUGUGGGACGGCUAAGGAGUAUUGGUGUCUCUGAGGGGUCUUUGGCCUGGUUUGCUAACUACCUCUCUCGAAGAGUGCAGUGUAUAAAGUCAGAACAUCUGCUGUCUCAGCCACUGCCAGUCACCAAGGGAGUACCCUUGGCUCUAUCCUAGGCCCCAAGCUCUUCUCAAUUUACAUCAACAACAUAGCUCUCUCAUCCAUUUAUAGGUAGAUGAUACAGUCUUAUACUCAGCUGGCACCUCGCCGGAUUUUGUGUUAAACUCUAUACCAAAAAAGUUUUCUUAGUGUCCAACAUGCUUUUUCUGCCCUUACACCAUGCCUAAACCGGACGCCCACAAAUAGAUUUUGUUGAAAUAUCAAAUCAAACUCUGAACCAAUUAUAUUAAUUUGAGGACAGGUCGAAAAUCAUUAAGCUUUUAGGGCAAUUUAGCUACAUAGCUUGCUGUUGCUAUUAAUUUGUCCUGGGAUAUAAACAUUGAGUUGUUAUUUUACCUGAAAUGCACAAGGUCCUCUACUCCGACGACUAAUCCACAGCUAAAAGGAUAAACCGAGUUUGUUUCUAGUCAUCUCUCCUCCUUCAGGCUUCUUUUUCUUCUUUGGACUUUAUAUGGCGGUUGGCAGCUAACUUUCAUAAUAAGAUGAAUUACCACAACCGACCUCAGUUCAUCUAUCAAUCACCCACGUGGGUAUAUGUUGCUAAUAACCAAUGAGAAGAUAUCACGUGGGUAUAUGCUUCUAAAAAUCAAUGAGGAGAUGGGAGAGGCAGGACUUGCAGUGCGUUCUGUGUCACAAAUAGAAUCCACUUCUAUUUUAAUGCCUGGCAACGCAGAUGCUUUUUGGCUCACGCUAGCAGUCUGGGUGCAAUGAUUGGAUAACAUGUGUGUGUACAUUUAUUUUGCAACGCUCGUGAACGCGACUCGUCCAGUUUGGGCAUGGUGUUGACCUUGUUCUGAACACCUCCAUAACAAAGGUCAUGUGGUUCGGUAAGAAGAAUGCCCCUCUCCCCACAGGUGUUAUUACUACCUCUGAGGGUUUAGAGCUUGAGGUAGUCACCUCAUACAAGUACUUGGGAGUAUGGCUAGCUAGACGGUACACUGUCCUUCUCUCAGCACAUAUCAAACCCGCAGGAUAAAGUUAAAUCUAGACUUGGUUUCCUCUAUCGUAAUCAGUCCUCUUUCACCCCAGCUGCCUAACUAACCCUGAUUCAGAUGACCAUCCUACCCAUGGUAGAUUACGGAGACGUAAUUUAUAGAUCGGCAGGUAAGGGUGCUCUCGAGCGGCUAGAUGUUCUUUACCAUUCGACCAUCAGAUUUGCCACCAAUGCUCCUUAUAGGUCACAUCACUGUACUCUUCUGUAAACAAGUCAUCUCUAUACCUCUUCAAUCUCAUCAUUCAAAGACUCAAUCAUGGACACUCUUACUGACAGUUGUGGCUGCGUUGCGUGAUAUAUUUUUGUCUCUACCUUCUUGCCCUUUAUGCUGUUGUCUGGGCCCAAUAAUGUUUGUACCCUGUUCUGUGCUGCUACCAUGUUGUGUUGCCAUCAUGUUGUUGUCAUGUGUUGCUGCCUUGCUAUGUUGUUGUCUUUAGGUCUCUCUUUAUGUGGUGUUGGGUUGUCUCUCUUGUCGGGGUGUGUGUUUUGUCCUAUAUUUGUAUUUAAUUUAGGAGGAGGAGGCCUUUUGAUAGGCUGUCAUUGUAAAUAAGAAUUUGAUCUUAAAAUAAAGGUUAAAUAAAAAAAAUAGGCCUAGGACAUAUUAUACGUUUUGUUCUAUGAUAAUGUUUUUCAAUUAACAUCACUUUUUGUUACUUUUUUAAAAUGUGUUAUAAAAGAAAGAAAAGCACAUAAAGGCUUCAUAAUUCAUAAAGGUCAUGUUAGCUGACUCUUAUUAUCUCAUAUAAAAAAUAUGUAUAAGAUCUCCAAAACCUGUGUUAACCUCGGACCUUAUUUUCGGCGUUUAUUCCUAAACCCUAUUCUCUCCACAUUCAUUUUCGCCAUAGGGAUGGCUGAACGAAUCAGACGUAACUCAUUUCCGGGUUGUAGGGUAAUGGCUAGAAAGGCUCCAGCUUUUGUCAGAAUUGACUUUUCGAAAGCAGGUUUAGGAGAAUUUACGCAGCAGGUUAGGAGAAUAAACGCGAUAGACUAUCGGAAUUAGGUUAAGGUUAGGAAAAGAGUUAGGGUUAGCUGAAAUGCAAAAAACUAUCUGCCUUUGACCUAAAUUGGACAAAAACUGGAUCCCAUCUAGACAAGACCGAAAAUAAAAUAUUCGGCAAGUCAUUUUAUCUCAUCUGGAAGAUGACCAUGUCGCGGUUGGAUACUGUAGCCAGCUGUGGGCUAGAAUGAUCCUACAGUAACUAUGUCCUGCGACAACCGGCAAGAAGACCAGUCGGCCUUGAAGGAGAGAAUAUGUACCUUUUUAAAGGUGAAGAAACAAGGAUCCACUGCCCUCCAGAUAGCUAAGGCUGUUGGACUAAUGAAGGCCAAGGAUGUAAACAGUGUCCUGUACACUUUAAACAAAGCUGGACUUCUUGAUGUAACACCAGACAAACCACCAGUCUGGUCUGUGAGUGUUCCAGAGUCAGAUCGAGUGCCUAGUAUUUCUGAGACCCCUGGCAUCACAGUGGAGGAACUGAGGAGGGUGCUGAUGUCAAAGAGUGAUGGAAGAGGGAUGAGUGCGCCACAAAUUGCCAGAGAAUUGGGCCAAUCACAAAAAUUAGUGACUAUGUCCUGCGACAACCAGCAAGAAGACCAGUCGGCCUUGAAGGAGAGAAUAUGUACCUUUUUAAAGGUGAAGAAACAAGGAUCCACUGCCCUCCAGAUAGCUAAGGCUGUUGGACUAAUGAAGGCCAAGGAUGUAAACAGUGUCCUGUACACUUUAAACAAAGCUGGACUUCUUGAUGUAACACCAGACAAACCACCAGUCUGGUCUGUGGAGAAACCAGGGGCGGCGUCAGUCUAUGUGAGUGUUCCAGAGUCAGAUCGAGUGCCUAGUCCUGAGACCCCUGGCAACACAUUGGAGGAACUGAGGAGGGUGCUGAUGUCACAGAGUGAUGGAAGAGGAAUGAGUGUGCAAGAAAUUGCCAGAGAAUUGGGCCAAACACGAAAAUUUGUGAAUAAGCAUCUUUAUGACCUGCAAAGUAGCGGCAAGGCAGAAAAGUUGGGAGAGAAAAUGUGGAAAAUGAAGGAUGAAGCAAGCUGUGGAGUAGAGCUUAUUAAAUACCAGAGUUAUGAUCAAGAUCUUUCCAUCACACCAAGUAGACCGCUCUUUAAUACAUCAAACUGUUCCUAGAUGACCCAGAGGACUACCUGACCCAGAGGACUACCUGACCCAGAGGACUACGAUCCCAUUCUCUGAAGAAAAAUGCAUAUUACCUCACAAGCUACCCUCACUAUUAAAACAUUUACCAUAGUCUACCCUCACUAUUAAAACAUUUACCAUAGUCUACAGAGAGUAGAG